AGCACCCACCACCCUAGCCGGUGGGAGGUGGAGAGCGAGCGCCGCCGCCGCCGCUUCCUCGCUCGUCCCGCUGCCGUCCUCAAUGUCUCCCCCGCCGCGGGGAGACCACCCCAUCCGCGCCGCUUCGGCCCACGGCACCCCUUUACGAGUCCGGCCUCGGCCUCCCCUUCCCAGCGGCCGGCGGCAGAACCAGCCACGGCUCCCCGAGUGGCGGCACAGCAGCGACAGCACCGGCCAGGCCGCCCCCACCGCAGGCACAAUGAAGGCGGAGGUGGGAGACAACAGCAUGAUCAACCUGUCGGUCCAGCAGGUGCUGAGUCUGUGGGCGCACGGCACCUCGCUCCGGCACCUCACUGAGAUGUGGUAUUGGGUUUUCCUAUGGGCUCUCUUCUCCUCUCUCUUUGUCCACGGUGCUGCAGGAGUUUUAAUGUUUGUAAUGCUGCAAAGACAUAGGCAAGGGAGAGUAAUCUCUGUCAUUGUGGUCAGCGUUGGAUUUCUGGGUUCUGUAACUGGAGCUAUGAUAACCAGUGCAGCAGUAGCUGGAAUUUACAGAGUAGCUGGGAAAAGCAUGGCUCCUUUGGAAGCACUGGUGUUUGGAGUUGGGCAGACUGUACUGACACUAAUUAUUUCAUUUUCAAGGAUUCUUGCAACACUUUGAAUAUUCUGUGAAAACUUUGUUUAUAAAUGGAAACAGUCUGCAGUGAAGCUUUCCAGAAGUGGCUUCAGCAGCUGAUGAAUUUGAAUUGUGAGGGAAAUUUGUGGCAUGUGGUCUGCAAAGCUAGAGGUCCCACCCAUUCAGAAAGUACUUCCCUCUAGAGUCCAAAAAUGACACACUACUGCACUGCACCUAACGUGCCUCUGUCACAGGCAAGGUGUGAUCAGUUGUAGGAGAAUUGCAAGAUAAAGCACCUUGUGAAGCUGCUAAUCAGUCAAAGGGUUGAUGAUGUGAUCAUUGUUUAUAACAAGAUUGAAGAAAAUACAGGGGCAUUUCUGAAGAAUGGAUUAAUGUGCCAAAUGUGAAGUUUUUUAAAUUGAUAGUGUGACCAUUUAAAUGUGUAGUAGUUGAGUGCUGCAUCAUUUGAAAUUCAGGUAUACCAACAAGGCACUUGUUUAUUAUAAUAACAACUGAAUUCCUCUCAAUGUAGAAUGUUACAGGGGUGGGGCUAGGGAGGUAUUUGAGUAUUGAAUUUAUAUGUGAGCAUUGCUGGGGUUCAGUAGCUGAAGCAGAACUGGGAAGUACAUGAUUGUGAUUGAUCCUACAUAGGAGCUCUUUAUGAGGAAUUAAGAUGUACCACAUUCACUAAAAUUAGGUCUUCAGUAAUUUUAUUUCUGUGCUUUUGAUACUUCAUCAGUUUAUUAUAUGUCCCAAAGUAAUGCCACAGAUUAAAGUUAUAUGGGUCUGAUGACUAAAAACACCUUACAGCAUAAAACUUAAAUUAUUCUAAAAUCUGUAAUUAUAAAUGGUCAAAUGUGUACCAUAUUUUUAAAUAUAACUGAUGACUUUCUAUAAGAAAACUAGUUGUAUUGAUCUUCACUGUUACAAUUAAACAUCAACUAAUUUCAUUUUAAGACCAGUAGAAGCCAUGUCCUGAAAACAACAGUUUAACACAUGGCCUAUUUAAACUCUAAAAAAAGACACUUAGAAAACUAAAAAGGAGACAGUUUUUGUGUAUGAUUCGGGAAAAAAAGAUACUCUGAUAAACAGAGUAUUGAAAAGGGGAUGAUUUAAAAUCUUUGCAAUUGCCAACAAUUAGUUAAUUAGAGGGUAAUUAUAUGUGACUCUCAUAUGCUUAGCUUUCAGUAGACAAGUUAUGUGUGUGAUGUUUAAAUGAGAGCAGUGGUGGUGUGUAAUGUCUUUACUGUAAAAUAUUAAGAAAUUACAUAAUGGCGAGAAAUGACAAGAGACUAUAAAUGUAAGUAUGGUGAAAGAGUAGAUAAAUCAUACCUUUGGGCUGAUUCAGCACCUAUCAUUUUAAUGGGGGCACAUAUGUAAUCAAGCCCACUAUUGCCUGUAUUAGCAUCUCUAGGAAGGCUGCAGGUUCUGUACUUCUGGAGGCCAGUACAGAUGGUGCCAGCUUCAACAUUUUCCAGAGUUCCUAGGGGCUGUCACUGUCCAACCACUGUACCCACUUCAAUAGCACCUUAUUCAUACUGGCAUUAGUUGCUCUUUCCUGAUUAGAAUGGCAGUCUCUGCUAGAAAUGUGGAAUAUACUAGGCAUAAUCAGAAAAUGAAAGACUCUAACUGACACUGCAUUUACUGUUUCUCCAGUUCCACUUUUCUGUCUGCUAAUACAGGUGAGGUAGGGCUUGAUUUCAUGUCUCCCUUGCUAAGAAGGUAACAUGAUUUAGUCCUUAAUAUUCUAUAUGAAAUAGGGAGUCUUUCUAUAUAUGCAUCUGAAAGGAAGGUAGAAUCAUGGCUGUCAUGGUAGCCAAAGUUAAUGCCUACAGAAAUCAUACCUGCAGCAAUAAUACUUUGAGAGCACAGUGCUUUGUUCUAAAUAUUGUGGUAAAAAUCACAAUUUGUAUUUGUAUCAGAUAACUUAUGCUAGAGGUUACUUUGCCUACUUUGGUCUAGAGAUGCCAUUUUAAAAGACUCGUUUUUAUUCUUCACCCAUAUAUUUGUAGUGAUAGGCUGCUAUCCUGCAAGGACUGUAUGUAUAACUGGAGCUUCAUGGUUGCAUAACUGCAGGGCUUUGUCUGCCAUAGUAGCCACAAAUGGAAACUUUGUGUUCACUCAAGGUUCUGAAUAAAGGCAGUACAGGAAUGGUAAUAGCAUUAAUACUAGAUAUUUAAAGAAACAUCAACAUAUUUCAUUGUUUUUGUUCCAGGUAAUUUUUACUUAAAUACCAAGCUACAUUUGAAAUAUACAGUAGAAUAAAAUGCUUGAGUAUAUGUUAGUGCCUUGAGUAUAUGUUAGAAAUAAUUUUCUAGUUCACCAUCCACUUUACUGCUGUUCUGUCUCUGCCAUUAGAUUAAUUGUUUAAUAAUGUAGUUUCAUGUGGCACUGGUAACAUGAAAAAUAGGGAAAAAAUGGAAAUACUACUCUAACUCAUGACAAUGCAGAAAGUUUUUUUAUUCUUAGUUGGCGCAGUAUUAAACAUAUAUCUUCAGGGCUUUUUAGAUAGAAAACUGUCUUGGUUUCCAUAUUUCAUAAAGCAUCAAAACAUGCAGUAUGUGAUGCUGUUGUGAAUGUUAAAUGUGAAGUGGUUUCGUGUCUGGUGUUAUAUGUAGUAAUUUAAUGAUGAUACAAAACAAAGCACUUCUCAGGCCCCAGUACUGAAGACAGUUAUGAAAACUGUAAAUGUAAAUUUCUAAGUUCAUUGACUUUAGGGCUAUAUGCAGAAAUGUAUUUUCAUGCUUGGGACUCAUGCUUCCUAUGUUUUGUGGCUGCCUCAUCCUGUUAAAACUCCAGUAGUUUUCACUUGAAACAAAUACCAUCAGUAUUAAAGCUAGGCUGGAAAAAUGAAUAUAUUAGAUCAGCCUUCAUCAGACCCCAGCCUGGUGCCAUCCAGGUGUGUUGGAUUCCAACUUGCAGCAUGUCCCAGCCAGUCAUUUCUGUACAGAGUUGUGGUGGAAUAUAGCUGGUGGCAUCAGGCUGGGGAAGGCUAAGUUAGAUAUACACUAUUGCAACACGUUCUGUUGGCAUCAACAAUAUAAUUGAUUUUGAGCAUGACCAUGUAAAAAAUGAUCUGCUCUGGAUAACUAAGCAGAACCGUUUUACAACUAGAAGUAAUUCUUGAUCAUGCCUUGUAACACUUAUCCUGUGAGAUGUUUUUAGGAUAAAUCAAUGUAUAUCAUUAACUCUUUUUCUAUAAAAGGUGGUGAAGAAAAUUUUCUGUUACACACACCGUACAGUAAUGGGUGUUAAAACAUAAGUCUGAACAAAAAGUUCCAGUAGUGAAAAAAAAUCUGGCUUUAUGCUUUUGAGCAGGACACAUCAAACUUCUGUUUUGAAGUGACUUCAGAGUUAAUUGUUCAUUGCAUUUUGAAACUGAUUUCUAGAAUGAAAUAGGAAUGAAAUAACCAAGGAAAAGUUUUUGAUAGCAAUAUUAUUGUAUAUCCAAUUGAAUAGAAUGUGUAAGAAAGGAGUAAUGUUCGUAAUGCAGGGUUUCAUCUUCUAAAAAGGAUGAGUUUCUCUGUAAUAAUUUUACGUGUUGCAAGGUUACAGUAGUGUGCUUUACUUUAGGUUGAAAUGUCCUAUGUAUGAAAGGUAUAAAAGUACCUUCAGCUGCUAAAAGAAUUGAAGGGGAUAUCUACACUGAUCUUUAACAAUUCAUCUGAGAAAAUAGUUGAACAUGAUACUUGAGAAACAUUCUUAAAAGAAUCCAGUAUAAAGUUUAUGCAAUACCAGUAUUUGACAAUUAACUGAAUUAUUAACAACUGUCCGAGGACAGUUGAAAAUUUCACGAUUCAAGAUAAACUCUUCCAGAUUUUCAAUUUGUUUGUUUUUUAAAUAGUUUGUUUCAUGAAGUGUUCUCUAACCUAGCAAUGACAUUCUAGGCAUCCUUUAGUUAUUCAGAGCCACAGGUAACAUUUAGGAUGCAGUCCUAUAUAUGUUCAGGCAGGGAAAAAGGUCCAGCUGGGCCAUGCUAGGAGUUGUUGGACUUUUUUCUGUCUUAACAUAUACAAGGUUGCACCUUAAAUUGGUUUAAUUUAUGAACACAUGGACCAAAGAGGUGGUUUAGUAUUUGUUGUAUUUAUCUGUAAUAUAACAUUUUAAAUAUAUUUUCUUGAUUAAAAAGUAUCUGAGGAAAGCAGUAGUGUUUCCUCUUAAGUUUUGCACUUUGCUAUAUUUUGUUUCAGUAUGAUAAAUUUAUUUCUACUUGAAGCUUGCAUAUUUUUGUUGUAGUAUAACAAAGCAAUCAGCUUUUGGUAUGAUUAAACUGAUUUUUAAAAUUAA